AUGGGAUUUCUGGGAGCUUCAAUGGCAAUGUGUGCGCUUCCUGGUGUGAAUGAUGUGCCGAUCUUUGCUACUGUGGUUCACCUCGUGUUGUCGGAGUGGUUGCCCAUUUGGCUGUUCUACUUUGCCAACUACACUUUGAUGACGGAGACAACCUCGUAUUUGUACUUGUGGUACACGGAUGUUGAGCUGAGUGACUUGAGUGAUUGGAUGGCCACUCUGUCCAGCAAAGACGCCAAGCGUGUCGAAAAUUUAGGUGAGUACGUCUUUUGUGUUCAGAAUGAGAUGAACAUUGCAAGCUGGUCAUUUGACUUGAGCUAUAAAGGAAACUGUGUGAGUCUUCGUGGUGGCUACAACUUGCUGGCCGUUGCGAACUAUAUUUCCUUGCUGUUAUGUUGUGGAGUGGUCGUGUCCAGCCUUUGUUUGAUUCUGUGGAAUGAUGGCAGCGAUAUUUGCACCGGAAAGUAUUUGGCCACAAAAUGGCGCUACGAAAAAACAAGGCUAUUCCACUGCUUGGCGGUGAUGCUCUUGGUAUUGGUGGUUGCAGGUUUUCUUGUCACAGCCAUUGUUUCAGGAGCGACUUUGAAGUCACAAACGUUUGGCCAGCUCUUUGAAGCCUGGUUUUUCUAUGGUUCCCUUGAGACCAUCGUUUUACUCUGCAGCGCGUAUGCGUUGCUUCCCAGCUGGUCGCCCCGCUUUGACUAUGGCGGGGAGGACUUCCAACGGCUUCGCUUCCGAAGGACCUGGCGUCAUGUCUUUUGGAUCAGCUCACAGGAGUUUGCAAGAGAUUUGGAAGAGGCCAUUUUAUUGGCGGGCUGUGGCAAGUGGAAACGUUUGAGAGAGGCCCUGGAGGAUCCAGAUCAAGCAGAAGAAGUGCUGCAGAUUUGCAGGCUGUUGGACGAGGAAGUUUGCCCUUCAUCCGCUACUUCGACAGAUGCAAGUGAGGCAUCUGACUGUGAAGAUUUGCAACAGAGAUCGGCACUCGCCACGUAG